UUGGGAUUAGCGAUAACAUUUAAGCAAUAGUUAGUGGUUAAAUCACAUGGGGUUUAUUGGUAACGUUAGUCCGUUAAAGUUAAGAUUGAACUGUUAUCGUUGUUUUUUUGUUUUUGUAUUCCUUGAGCUAGCCAGCACGUUUGCUAAUAAUGCCAGUGUCAGGUGAAUAUCAAAUGAUUAAUUGAAGAAUUUAUUGGCGCGGAAAUCAACCCAAUUUGCAGUACCAUGGAGGACAGCACCACGGAACUCGAAAGACCCGGUUGUUUGAGUGUCGGUCAGCAAUCAGAAGAGGCGACACCAACCGAUAUUAGCCACCAGAACAGUGUCGACAACGAUGGUUCGAAAGACCACAAUGGGACAUCCAAUAAUGUUGACUCGGAUUCAGGGGAUGAGCCUGAACUCCCUCUUAAUCAAUUUUACCCUUACAUCCGCUGUACUCUCUGCUGCGGAAUCCUCAUUGAUUCCACCACCAUAACCGAGUGUCUGCACACUUUUUGUAAAAGCUGCAUAGUGAAACACUUCUUCUACAGCAACAGGUGUCCCAAUUGCAGCAUUGUAGUCCACCAGACACAACCACUGUACAACAUAAAACCUGACAGACAGUUGCAAGAUAUUGUUUACAAGAUGCUGCCACAUCUGGAAGAAAUGGAGAGAGCAAGGAUGAUUGAUUUUUACAAACAGAGAGGACUGGAGGUGCCUAAACCAGUGAUGGCGGUCCCUGUGCUGAAGAACCAGAAGCAGAGGAGGGCAUUGCUGCCCCAGUCUGUCUUCGCCAUCCCUCCUGAACUGGACGUGUCACUGCAGCUGGAGUUUCUGGGAGCGGAAGAAGGCAUAGACGGCUAUAAGCCUUUGGAGAGGCGGUAUGUGCGAGUAUCGGGGGAUGCCACUGUCCGCCAUGUGGCGCUCUUCAUCAGGAGGAAGAUGGAGCUGAGUCCCACCUGCCAGUGGUAUGAUGUCACGUUGUGGUGCAGGUGGAGGUUGUGUGUGGAGACCACCUCCUGGACCGUUACCAGUCGCUACGAGAGGUUCAGAGCUCCAUGGGAGAUGACGCUCUACAGGAUGGUCUUUUGAUUCUCCACUUUGGACUGGUGCUGGCUGCUCACACGUGAGCAGGGGGAAGGAAGUGGGAUGGAUGUGAUCCUGAUAUUAACCAUGACCCUCAGGGAACCACGGUCUUCAUUCUGCUACUAAUGCCUAACAGAAUCAAGUCUUCUACUCUCUGCCACUUAUACCUGACAGUUAACAGUGAAUUGCUGAAUCCUGGGCCCCGAAACCUUCUGGUUAGGAUUAGGUUAUAGUUUAUCUCCAAGACUAAUUUCAGAGGUCUGAAAGACUACAAGGACCUGUCAUGCUACUGAUGCCAAAAGCUCAUGUUUUUGCUACACUUUGAGUUGAAUGUACACCGUAUUCUUUUUUCUUUUUUUGUGACCAACUUUUGUAGCAGUCCCCCUCCCAUUCAUUCCCCGAGUCUCUAUUUAGAACAAAGUAUAAAUACAUAUACAGUGCAUUCGGAGAGUAUUCAGACCCCUUGACAUGUUCCACAUUUUGUUACGUUAUAGCCCUAUUCUAAAAUGUAUUAAAUACAUACAAA